UGAUCCUUGAGGCUGUCCUCAUUCACUCUUUUCGUCAACCCCGACUCUGCUGUCUUUCCCUCCUGAGACACGUUAUUAGACUGGACAGUAGUCUGAAACACGCUCUUUGCAGUUCUUGAGCAAGAAUUCAGUAUCAGACUCUGCUGAGAAAGAGUUUCUGUACUUCUAUCAGGUCUUGUAAGUAACAGGAUACCUCUUCGAUGGAGUGAGCUUACAACGACAUUCAGCUUGACAUCCGCCAAUAUGACUCGUCAGGAGAUCGUUGCCGUCUUCAAGUUGAAGAGAAACAAGAAAGAGAUCGCCCGUCUCCGUGAAGACUCUGACCUUGGAGAGAGAAAGAUAUCUCUCGGCCAGAUGAUUGCCGAAGCGUUCCCAGACGAGGAAUCACUCUUCAGGGACGAUGAAGAGGAUAUGCAGGACUGGUUCGGGUUCGAGAAUGAACCAGCUGAACAAGCUAACCCAGCUGUUGAGGACCCUGAAGCCAACGAGUCGGCUGAGUCGACGCCAGCCGUGACUGAAGAAGAACAGUCUUCUUCCCAGGCCGCGAUGAAGCCCGAUGAGGACGGUGAUUUCGAGAAGCCGAAGGAGACCAAUAUUGUUCACCCCUGGAACAUUGUUGAUUAUCACCUCUAUCUGACCGCCAUCGAAAAUGGCGCAGGUGAGCAUAUCAAACGUCAUUGUAUGUAUUUGUUCGACGGGAGCUGGUGCCGUCCUUUUCUCUACCGCAACUUCUUCGAGAAAGAAGGAGAGGAAGGAGACGCGUUCUCCCCUGACAAGGUUGGCCCAGCGCCGCAACUCUUGUUCGGGAUUCUUCCCAUCGCAGAACGAGGCCCCUACUUCAACGGUAUGAAAUAUCUGCUGGGUUUCGACUGGAACGCAAAGAAGAUCUUCGCUCGCCGCUUCACUUGGAUCCCAGAUGAGAUUGAGGACAUAUGGACUGUUUGGGAAGAGGGCCAGAUCGUCUACCAAUUUUCGAUCCCAGAGCUCCGGCGUAUGAUGAGGGCUAGUAUCAGCAACGGAGACGGGAGCAUAGAUGUCACAUGCUUAGGCUCAAGCGACCAUUGCCUGGUCAAGGGUGUCGGCGACGGACCUGGAUUGGAGAUGGUUAUUGUCAUACAGUGCUGCCAGUGGGUCACUGACCUGGCGGAGGUCUUCUGGAAGAACGAAGACGAGAUCCGUUGCGUGAAGGAGGAACUCAUUGGUAUCGCACACGAAUGGCAGCUUGUCCUCCAGCGCGCUUCGCACAGGGCAUGGUUCGCUUUGGACGAUGGUAUGCCAAAAGAUCCAGAUGCCAGGAAGUUCUUGAUGGAUGAAGUUAUUAGCGACCUGUGUAAUUUCAAUCAGUCAAAGAUGCUUGAAAACGUGUACGACAACUCAUGGCAUGCCCCAUCCCAGGACACCUGCGAGAGGAUCCGCCAGCGCUGCUGGGACCAAUACCGGGAGGAAGCUAUGGAGCGUGUUGGGAAGAAAUACGAGCGCGUCUUCAGUCCGACGUACAGUGCAAUUUCAACAAUGUCACCGGGGAAGACACUUGGGAACAUAAUAGGUCGUGCUGGAAGCCUUGCAGGGCCGGCAGCUUCCUUCCUGGACAUUCCCAGCACUCCUCCUCCGGCUGAACCUUUCUGGAUGCCUCCGUCUCCAUCCUCUGACUCGUCUGAGGAGAUCGUCUCUCCAGCCACAGGAAAAUAUGAUAGUCAAUAUGACGGGAUCAGACUAUGUGCUAUGCUGAGUGUCCUGACCGGCUUCAUCGAGCAGAACCCAGCGUUGGACAUCCCUCACUAUCGCCGCAGACUUGGAGCCUUGAUGGAUUAUAUGGGCCUCUCUCUGGUGAACCGCGAGCCUCCCAGGGAAGAACGUCGUUCUUUGGCUCAACAGAAGCGCGAUUCCGGAUUCGGAUACAAUGAGGAGGAAUGGGGAGAAGAGUUGAAAGCGAUGGGAGACACCGAAGAGAGCGACGAGAACUUUGUCGCCCGCGUUCCCGCCCUCCUUCCCAGUCCCAUUCUCGACUGAAUCAAGGAGGAAUCGAACAAUCUUCAAUAAUACCUUUGUCCAUCUUCACUCAUCUCUCGAAUUUUUGUCGAAGUCCAGUUUCAAUUUCCUCGUGAUUUCAUGCCUUUGUACCGGUGUCCAUCUCUUUUUACAACCUUUCUGCAUGUUCUCCAGUUUCCCCUUCAUUUCACCUCUUUAUGUCUAAAAAACAACACCUUUCUCCAUUCCCUUUAGCAUUGCAGUCACUA